AUGUCGGAGAUGAUAUCUCCAAAGGAUCAUGUUAAAUCCCAUAUGCAAAAGCUUUCUUCAUGCAUGCAAAUAGACCAUAUCAUAGCAAAUCUCCCAAACCCAUCAUCAGAAGACACUACUGCUAGCCAACACACCUCUAUAUUAAACAACCAUAACCCCCAAAAUGCCUUGAACACCAUUCACCUUGAGGAGGAGAUACAGACUUGUCCAACUACAACGUCUCCAAUGACCAUAUCUAAUGGACAACUUACCACCACUACCCCGUCAACUCCUUUGAACACCAUUCACCUUGAGGAGGAGAUACAGACUUGUCCAACUACAACGUCUCCAAUGACCAUAUCUAAUGGACAACUUACCACCACUACCCCGUCAACUCCUUUGAACACCAUUCACCUUGAGGAGGAGAUACAGACUUGUCCAACUACAACGUCUCCAAUGACCAUAUCUAAUGGACAACUUACCACCACUACCCCGUCAACUCCUUUGAACACCAUUCACCUUGAGGAGGAGAUACAGACUUGUCCAACUACAACGUCUCCAAUGACCAUAUCUAAUGGACAACUUACCACCACUACCCCGUCAACUCCUUUGAACACCAUUCACCUUGAGGAGGAGAUACAGACUUGUCCAACUACAACGUCUCCAAUGACCAUAUCUAAUGGACAACUUACCACCACUACCCCGUCAACUCCUUAA